AUGUCCCUGGACCCCCGUUUUUACCACCACAUAGGCCACGGCUCCGGGCCUGGCUCCCAAUCCUCCGCGUCAUCCUCCGGUCUCUCCGCAAUCACCAACAUUACCAGUCCUUCUACUCACUCAAUGACUGCUUCCGCCGCCGCCCUGCGAUCCGACGCGUCUAGUCCGUCGCUGCGCGCACGAGAGGGCGUGGCUGUGCCUGCGCACCGUGUCGACAGCAUGUCCAGUCCUUCCGGCGGCGGCAAUGUGCGCGUUGUCGUCCGAGUGAGGAAGUUCCUUCCUAGAGAGACCAACCGCAAUGCCGAAUGUCUGAUCAGCAUGGACCCAUAUACCCAGACGACCAAGCUUAGAGCGCCUCGGCUAUGCCCCGGCGACGAAGGAAAACCCAAAUCACAGGCGCGUGGAAAGGUUUUGGAGGAUAAGUCCUUCGUCUUCGAUAACUCGUUCUGGUCACAUAACGAGAAAGACGACCACUAUGCCCAUCAGGAAGACGUAUACAAUUGUCUGGGAGAAGAGUUUCUGGACCACAAUUUCGAGGGGUAUCAUACCUGCAUUUUCGCCUAUGGCCAGACGGGCUCUGGCAAGAGUUACACCAUGAUGGGCACUGGGGAACAGCCUGGGCUGAUUCCAAGGACCUGUGAAGAUCUAUUUCAACGCAUCGAGAGCGCUGAGUCACCGGAUGUCAGUUUUAACGUUCGCGUCUCCUAUUUCGAGGUCUACAACGAACAUGUGCGCGAUCUACUGGUCCCCCGGACUGAACCGCCGAACUAUCUCCGCAUCCGCGAGUCUCCUUUGGAAGGCCCAUAUGUUAAGGAUCUGACCGAAGUGACGGUGAAGAAUUUUGAGGAGCUCAUGAAGUUCAUGCGCAAAGGCGAUGUGUCUCGUACUGUAGCCAGUACCAAGAUGAACGAUACGUCUUCCCGAUCACACGCGGUGUUUACCAUCACUUUGAAGCAGAUUCAUCACGACCUUUCGACCGAUGAAACAACCGAGCGCACAGCGCGGAUACGUCUCGUCGAUCUGGCGGGCUCUGAGCGAGCCAAGUCCACCGAAGCGACCGGUCAACGACUCCGCGAGGGGUCCAAUAUCAACAAAUCCCUGACGACGCUCGGCCGAGUCAUCGCCGCACUAGCUGAUCCUAAGCCGGGUCGCACAGGCAAGCGCAAGGGCAAGGACGUCGUCCCGUAUCGUGAUUCGAUCUUGACCUGGCUGCUAAAGGAUAGCCUCGGGGGUAACUCGAAAACGGCGAUGAUCGCGUGCAUCUCCCCCAGUGAUUACGACGAAACUCUCUCUACCCUACGAUAUGCGGACCAGGCCAAGCGCAUUCGCACGCGCGCCCGGGUCAACCAAGACCACCUCUCCGCUGCAGAACGGGACAAGCAAAUUGCAGAGAUGGCUGAGACAAUCCGCACGCUACAGCUGAGUGUCAGCCUCGCCACUGCCAACCGGCGGGAGAAUGAAAUGCAGAACGAACGGCUCGAGGAGUACCAGCAGAAGGUGGAAAAGCUUCAGAGACUGAUGGAAGAGACGAAGAUGGUUAGUGAGUGCAAGAUCAGGCAGCUACAGACGGAGAAUGAGGCCAUGCGCAAUCACCUGAAGCUCGCCCUGGAUAGUAUCCGAAACCCAAUUCCUCCGGUGGUUGUCCAUCGACGCCGGAGUAGCCUGUACAGUGUGAAUGAAAACAACGGAUCCCCGACCAAUCGCAAGCGGCGCGGUCGCGCCCGGUCACCUCCGUCCGACAUCGAGCUGGAUCCAGAGCCAGACCUCAUCUGGGAGGAUGAAGAUACGAUCGAAAGCGACACUAGUCACGUUGAGGCGCAGGACAUGCAGGCGCACAUGGAAAACCUCCUCGACGACUUGAGCAUGUUCAAGCGCAAGCUGGCAACGGAUCAUGAGCGAUUCCGACCUACUUGGAAGCCAGAAGGCCGGAAGCGACGGCGAGCGCUGGGCGAUGUUUGGACCAAUACCCGAUAG